UAGUGUUUAGCCUUUGGACCGCUAACCUCGCUGCUGGCUCAUGACAGCUUAUCCUUACUGUACCAUCUCUCUGAACCUGUGAGCUGUUCCACAGUACUACUCUAGAACCGGAAAAGAAAAGUCAAGGACUACCCUGGAUGGGAGCGAUCUAGUUUGACGCCGAGUUCCGACGCUUUGCAUUACCCCGCACUUCAGUGAGAGGCUUUCAGGAGUUCUCGCGGUUGCUGUGUGUGGUACACCAGAUCCCUGGCCUGGAUGUGCUGCUUGGCUAUACGGAUGCUCACGGUGACUUGCUGCCCCUCACCAAUGAUGACAGUUUGCACCGGGCCUUGGCCAGCGGGCCCCCACCUCUGCGCCUGUUGGUCCAGAAACGGGCAGAAGGUGACUCGAGUGGCCUGGCUUUUGCCUCCAACUCUCUACAGAGGCGCAAGAAAGGGCUCCUGCUACGACCAGUGGCACCUCUGCGCACCAGGCCACCCUUGUUAAUCAGCUUGCCCCAAGAUUUCCGCCAGGUGUCUUCAGUUAUAGACGUGGACCUACUACCUGAGACCCAUCGACGUGUGAGACUGCACAAACAUGGCUCAGACCGUCCCCUGGGCUUCUACAUUCGAGAUGGCAUGAGUGUUCGUGUGGCUCCUCAGGGUCUGGAGCGGGUACCUGGGAUCUUCAUCUCCCGCCUGGUCCGUGGGGGCCUGGCUGAGAGCACAGGGCUGCUGGCGGUCAGUGAUGAGAUCCUCGAGGUCAACGGCAUUGAGGUGGCCGGGAAGACCUUGGACCAAGUGACGGACAUGAUGGUUGCCAACAGCCAUAACCUCAUUGUCACUGUCAAGCCUGCCAACCAGCGUAAUAAUGUGGUACGAGGGGCAUCUGGGCGUCUGACAGGGCCUUCUUCUGUAGGGCCUGGGCCUACUGAUCCUGACAGUGACGAUGACAACAGUGACCCGGUCAUUGAAAAUCGCCACCCUCCCUGUUCUAAUGGGCUGUCUCAGGGACCCCUGUGCUGGGACCUGCAACCUGGCUGCCUACUUCCUAGUGCUGGCAGCUCUCUGCCCUCCUUGGAUAGCAGAGAGCAAGCCAAUUCUGGCUGGGGGAAUGGCAUGCGAGGUGAUGUUAGUGGAUUCAGCCUUUGACAGGCAAAGGUGCAGCCUUUGUCACUGCUGCCCGGACUUUCCAGUUGGGGAGGGAGAUUAGCUUGCUCACAGAGCCCGCUCAACCUGGUGAACAUUAAAGGUUUUCUACAAAUGUAGACAUGGUCCUUUUGUGUUCCAGCCCCAACCUCUUCUGACCCUGUAAGUCAGCCUUCUUCUGUGGGCACAAGACAGGAAGGAUAAUAAGAGCAUGGGAGAGACCUUCCUUUGAUGAUGCAGCAGGAGGCCCACUGGGCUUGGCAUUUUUAAGACAGCUCCUAUGGAACACAGCCACUGUGUACAAACGGUUUAAUUUUGACAGAGAAGUUGGGAGGCUGGUGGCUCUUCUGCAGCCACUGGUAACUACGAAGUGCUUUCGAUUCUGCCCACCCCAAUGCUUUGGAGCUAUAACAGGGCUUGAGUCUGCCCUUUGCAGCCAUGAGCUGAUCCUAAACAUGGAUCUCCCUAUUAAUCUACCCACAAAGGGGGGGAGGGGCUAGGUAUCCAUCUUCACAAAGACUUUGGGUCGGGAAAAGAUCUUGAUAGCCUCUUCUAUUUGCACCAACUUCCGGUCCAGUUCUGCACGGUAACCCUGAGCUCUCAGAGAGUCUGCCCCAGCAGGUAACAGCAC